AUGAGUGUACUCCUAGAGACUUCGCUUGGCGACAUUGUCGUUGACCUUCUGGUUGACGAGUCUCCAAAAGCAUGUGAAAACUUCUUGAAGCUAUGUAAAGUCAAAUAUUACAACUUUUCGCCCGUACAUAAUAUUCAGAAGAACUUUUCCCUCCAAACCGGUGACCCUAUCGGGCCCGAUUCCCCAGAGAGCGAUGGUGGCUCCUCGAUAUGGGGUCUGUUGCAAGGCCCCUCGAAACGAACAUUCCCUCUCGAGCUCCCGAAGCUGAAGCACGUUGAACGAGGUACUGUGAGCAUGGCUACGAUUCCCGCUUCGCACGAUCCAGAUCAGCGUCUCGCGGCUAGUCAAUUCCUUAUUACACUCGGCGAUAACCUGGACUACUUGGAUGGGAAGGCGGCCAUAUUUGGAAAGGUGGUGGAAGGAUUCGAUAUUCUUGAGAAGGUUAAUGAGGCAUUUACCGAUGACCGGGGUCGACCUCUCAAGGACAUUCGUAUCCGUCAUACGGUCGUCCUAGACGAUCCAUACGAUGAUCCGUCGGGAUUGGUAGAGCCACCUGAAAGUCCGUUACCGACCAAGGCCCAAUUGGAUACCGUUAGAAUCGCCGAUGAUGAGGAUCUGGAUGACGACAUGGACGAGGACGCAAUGGAGAAACUGCGGCGGGAGCGCGAGGCAAGAGCACAGGCAUUGACUCUGGAAAUGGUUGGAGAUCUUCCAUUCGCUGAAGUCAAGCCGCCUGAGAAUGUCUUGUUCGUCUGCAAGCUAAACCCGGUCACGCAGGACGAGGAUCUCCACUUGAUUUUCAGUCGUUUCGGGCAAAUCCUAUCCUGCGAGAUCAUCCGAGACAAGCGAACUGGUGACAGUCUGCAGUACGCUUUUAUAGAAUUCGAGAACCAGAAAGAUUGCGAACAAGCAUAUUUCAAGAUGCAGGGCGUUUUGAUUGACGAUCAUCGUAUCCACGUGGAUUUCUCUCAAAGUGUGUCGAAACUGUCAGAAAGCUGGCGGAAUGCCACCAUCACUAAGCGUGGAGGUCCACGGGGUGGCUUUGGUGGUGUAGCUGAGCUUGAAAGGAAACGCCAGUAUAGGGCAUCCCCCGAGGUCGAUCGCAGAGACGAUGAUGACGACCGUUAUGGCAUGGUGUUUGACAAACGUGAGGCUGCCCGGCGGCGACCUGCCUCCCGUGAGCGGUCAUUGAGUCGAAGUCCACAAAGAAGCUCUCAACGAGACCGCAGAGUCAGUCCAAGUCCUAGACGGGGAGGUUCACACCGGGAUCGGUACCGCGACCGAUCGUACAGCCGGAGUCCACGACGAGGGGACUCUCGCCGUGAUAAUCGAUACCGGGGUCGAGACAGAUAUGAUGAUGAGCGACGAGGUCGUGAUCGUCGUGAUGACGAUCGAUACCGAGAAAGGCGACGUCGCUAG